AUGCAGGGCGCGCAGCCUCCUGCCCGCCUCCCGGCGCGCGGCUCCUUCACGCGGUCGGAGGAGUGUGAAGGGACUCCUCUCAACUCCGCCGAAUACCAGAGGGGACAUAAAGGCCCGGAAGUCCGCUUUGCGGCUCAGGUCGUGCGCGCGGCGCCGGCGUUUUCGGACGCUGGGUCGGGCUCCAGCCGGCCAGGCCCGCGGACCAUAGACAUGGAGCACUGGUGGCUGCUCCUGCUGCUGUCUAGGCCUCAGCUUCUGGCCCUGUGGCUCUGGCCACCCAGCGCAGGUUUUCUGCAAGUGGAGAUGGCAGGGGAGACUCAGACGGUGCUUCUGAAUGACAAUGCCACUAUUAUCUGCAAAGUCCAGGGUUACCACCACCUGGACAUCACAAUUAUGGGUAUCACCUGGUUUUGGAAGCAUCGAGUGUCUGCAACAGAAGUUAAAGUGUUUGAGUUUUUUGGAGACCACCAAAUGACAGUCCGACCUGGAGCCUGUGUGUCUCCCUGGAGGCUGAAAAGGGGAGAUGCCUCGCUGCAGCUGCCAGGGGUCCAGCUGCGGGAAGCAGGAGAGUACCGAUGUGAGGUGGUGAUCACCCCUCACAAAGCAGUGGGAAGAGUCCAGCUGGAGGUUGUGGCUUACCCAGUCAGCAGCUUGUUUCCGGAGCAAGCCAUGGUGAAAGAAAAUGAAGAACAACUUAUUUUGUGUAUGGCAAGUGGGUUCUACCCCACGAACAUUACUGUAACAUGGAAAAAGUGGACUCAGAAGGAUCCCCAGUAUGUGGAGUUUUCUGAGGGCGUCUUCACUAAUUAUACCACCAAAAAUGAGGACGGCAUGUUUAAUGUCUCUAGCUUCUUGAUGCUAAAGCCCUCUCUGGAAGACAAUAUGACCGUCUACCAGUGUGUGGUAUGGCACGAAUCCUUGCCUACCCCCCAGAGGCUCAACUUCUCCUUGACUCUGAUAGAAUCUGAGAAGUCACCUUGUACUCUGAAGUACUACAUCAAACAAAUACCUUAUUCUCCAUCUUGAAAGCUUAUUCUCGGAAUACCCAGAUUGACACAAGAGAGACUGAAGAACUAUAAUGAGGUGCUUUCAUUAUGAUGCAUUCAUGGCUUAUUCUGAUGGGGGAACCACUAGAAGAAAAUCGGAAGUUCUUACCCAGAAACAGCAGAGACAACAAGGUCUCUCAGUGAAUGCGUCUGUAACUGAAAUUACUUUUCCCGGUGGCUUAGAUGGCUUGCUCAAGAGCAGACUGUUCAAGCUGCCUUCUUUGAUAGCCUCCUGCCAAUUGGCUUAUCCAAGAAAAAAAAAGCAACACUUUCCAAAGAAGACAUACAGAUGGCCAACAGACACAUGAAAA